GCUACCAGGGUGACGAGACACAUUCUUUGGUCCUCUCCGAUGCAUACUCACAUGCAAUAUAACCUCCAAGAUGAGUGCAAUCACCCCCGUCCAGAUACUCAAGACCUUGUCCUCUCCGUCCUCGUCUUCCGAUGACAUCGACAGCUUGAAGAAGCUUCAGAAAGUGGCUCAAAGCACUGCUGCGGACUCGACCGAUUCUAUCCAAGACGACUCGUUCUUCAGGGACAACGACUCGUCCAAGACCCGUAUCCUCCAAGCCGUCCAAGCCUGCCAAGCCAUCUCCAAAUACACCCUCGAAUCCGCUCGAACCGCCCCGACCUCGCCCACGCUGACCACUAAGACCCGUCGAGCGUCGUUCGGACCGCUGGAACACCAUUUCCACGCCCAUCACCUCUCCUUACACCCUGCGCUGGACAAGCAGUUCAAGGCGCACGUCAUCUCCGGAAGCACUGGCGGUCAGGGAGGGGCUCAUGAGGGACCGAUCUCGAUCUUGUUGAAACCUGCCAACUUGGCCAAGGAAGGCGGUAGUGAGGGCGAUCAUGCCAUCUGGGUCGUCAAGGGAGAGACGGACGCUCAAUGGGUCAUGCCGUACAGUAGCGACAACGACCACGAUCUCAUCGACCGACACACCCACUUUGACGCUCAUGGGCACGACCUCCUCGACCACGUCCGGACCACCCUUCUCAACCAGCUCAGGCAGAAACGCGUCGUCUUUACCGGUCAUGGGAGUGGAGCGGCGGUCGUCAGCUGGGUCUAUAUGCAGCUUCUCAGAGAGAUCAAGGAGAGCGACAAAGACCUGGCUCCUCACGGGAUGGACCUGAUCACUUUUGGCGCCGCUGCCACUCGAUGGGCCGAGCAACGAGCCUCCUUGUACACUUCCAAGGCUGGCAGUGAGACCUCGACCGACGCCGUCAAACGAUACUUUACCGAAAAGAACCCCAAUACCAACCUCUGCCUCGCACUCGUCAACGAGGGAGACCCGACCCCUCGUCUCAGCAAGGACUAUGUCGCUUGGAUUUCUUCGGCCGUCAGCGUCGCCGAUGGGGACGAGACCAAGGUCAAGGAAGCGCUGGCCAAGACGCCCUGGCACGCCUUGUUGCCCUUUGGACAGAUCGUCGUCUUGUCCGCCGACCAAAAGGAGUCGGUCCGGUGGAUCGGCAAGGAGACGUUCAGGCAGACCGUCUGGGUUGAUCCUGCUCAGGGCGAUGUCGACGCUUAUGUCAAGAAUGUCGAGCGAAUUUGCAAGUGAAAUCGACCGUUCCGACGGACAAAUGAAAGACCAGUGCGAAAAGAAUAAAGUACAGAUGCACCACGGAAUAAAGUAGAGACGCACCAUGUGAAACGAAAUUCAAGAAUCUAGCAUUGUUGUACAUAUUGACCGGUUAAAGACGGCAAUAAAACGAAACGAAACGAAUUCAACAACCUGUAGAGCGGUAACUUUUACCACAACAACCCUACGAAAAUAUCA